GAGAAUUCCCCUUGCCUACCAUUUAUUAGAGUGAGUUCCAAUCGUCUCUUUUAAGGAGUGGGAGGAAGACUUGGAUUGAAAGCUAAGAUCACUGGACUUGUUUAGGACCCCCAUCUCUUCUCUGUUCUCCAUCAGCUUUCAACCAUCAAGGAUAGCAGCAAUGGCGACGUCUCUUCGUCAAGUCCUUUUCAUCUGUCUUCUACUCCAACCCAUCAUCUUCAUCAAAGUCAGAAGCGAUGAUGAUGAGGAAAAAAACCUUUUUCAAGGGAUUAACAGUUACAGGGCAACGCUAAACUUGACGCACCUAACUGAGAGUGAGACAGCAAAAUGCCUUGCUGAGGAAAUGGCAAAUGAAUUUAAAGAUCAACCAUGUACUAAUACCACAGGUCCCAACACUAUUCCUGGCACAGAGCCUGAUUUUCAGAACUAUCCUGAUCGUCUUACAAAGUGCAAAUUGAAUGUUUCCACAACAAGAGAUGGAGCCAUAUUACCUGCAUGUGUUCAUAAUCUUGACGCCAGUCUUGUUCUCUCAAACUACACUUUGUCAAGUUAUUCGGCAAACCUGAAUGAUACUAGAUUUACGGGUAUGGGGAUUGGUUCAGAAAAAGACUGGAUAGUUGUUGUCUUGACAACUGACACACCAGAGGGAAACUUUGCAGCUGAUGAAAGUGAUGAUACUAGUUCAGCCACACUUGUUGUAAAGAAGGUUGGUCUUAUGAUCUCCCACACACUUGCAAUUAUGACACUUCUGGUGUUGUUUACCAGCAGUUGAACCUUCGCUCUUAUUUCAUCACACUUUUCAGUAUUAGCUAAUCUACUGAGGCUAUCCCAAAAAAAGGUGAACAAAAUUUGGACCAUUUUUUUAGAGCCAUGAAUCAUGAUAAUCUUCUCUUGGAAAGUGGUUAUAUCGGUACUUGUUUGUGUGCAAAUUGUGAUUGGUUCUGUAAAUUGUUCAGUGUAUACAUAAAAGGCAUAAAAGCCACCCUUUCUGAACAAAAGGGCACAUUGCUCUCAUGUACCAACAUCUAAGUAUGUUUUGGUUUGUUCGUUUUGGUUUGAUCGUUUUGGUUUGAUCGUUUUGGUUUACAAAGGUUCAGUUUUGAAAAUUGCAAAACUGAAAAACAAACAAACGAACUUCAAUGGGUUUCAGUCGGUGCGAUUCAGUUACUUUCAUUUGUUUUGUAUCAGUUUUAGUCAGCUUACCCCGGCUUAAAGCCAAAGCCUGAAAGCAUGCACAAAUUAAACUGCCUGUGGUUGUGUUGUUAUUU